UCUAGAAACCCCAUCAAAAACAUCCAGUGGAUCACACAUGGUGAAUUCACAGUGGAGAGGGGCCGUAGACAAAUUGCAGCAUUUGUUUUGACUUGGGAGUAUGAAAGCCGCUGGGUGCAGUACACAGACUUUGUAGAGAAAAAAGACUUAAUCCACACCUUUUACUACAAUUACUGUGUACGCUGGAGUGUCCCAACAGCUCGGAGACCAAUGGCAGAAGUCAGCGCUGCGUGCUUCUUUACUAUCAAGAUCAGCAAAGGCAAACCUCCGAGUGCACCCAUUGAUGUCUCUUAUAUCUUUGAGGGCCAGGAAUUAGUUCACAGACCAGGAAUGAGUCGCUUUCGAGAAAAAUGGCUGAGGGACAUUAUUGAGGCCAAACAUGUUUUACUGGAAUCAAUUCCCUUCUAAUUUGAUUGCGUCUGAUUCUUACAGAAUGUUUUAGGAUUCUCUAAUGAGAAUAUAUAUGAAAAAUACAAUACUGCACAUCAGACCACAGAAUAUUUAUUGAAAAAUAAACUUGUGGCACACAAUCCAGCUGUAUUUAUUUUUUGCAUUCAUUUUCCAUCCUGCAACUUCUAUCACAUUAGCAAAGUAACCAGUAGGUUGUUUUCUAUCUUCUAAAAUAUUUUUUCCAUCACUCUAUGCCUCGGUUCAGUCUUACAGCUACAGAGCAGCGUUUAGAGUUGCUAAAAUUCACCUGUCAGACCAAACUAAGAUUGGUAUUUGCCUGCUCGUUCCGUAUUUUGAACCAAAAUCUGCAGCCCAGACGCACCUCUUUAUGGACACAACUGGAGAACAACAAAACUGCAACAGUUCUAUAGCUCAUAAUAUAUCCAUUCUAGAGUUCUCCUACUCACAAUAACAGCCUUUUUUUUUUCUUUUUCUUUUUCUUUUUUUUUUUUUUUCUGGGAGUUAUAAGCCUCACUGCUGAACAAUGCAUUUUGAAACUCUAAUCUAGGCAUGCUGCCCUUCCCAGUAUGCGAUUACACUCAUGUUGCUCAUGUUGGCAGCAGGGUGUCUUGAGGACUGGGAGCCACAAGACGGGGAUGGGUUGAAUCACUGCCCUUACUUAUUUCUAGUCUUCUUCCCAUCCUCACAGCAGAUCACCACUUGCUCCUAUCUUACGGGUGAGGCUCUCUUACCUGAUUGCAAAUAUGAAGACACCAAAAGACAAAAUUACCUUAUACUCCGAGUGAUCAUUCACGAGUGUGUCUGAAAAGGUAUCUACAUAGACAAGCACUGGAAAGGAACACAGAAUAUUAAAGACAACUGACGUAGUAGGACUAUGGGUAGUUCUGCUUUCUUUUUUAAGUUAUAUUUAUGCAAUAAAUAAAAACAGAGGGAAAAUCCUAUCAAAGCAACAGGUGAGGAGGUGGGAAAUGAGAUGUCUUUUCGAGAAUAAAAAUAUAUUUAAGACACAAUAACUUCAGUUUGACUUAUGGCACUAAACAUGGUCUAGAAUAGUAACUCUCAUGAGCUGAAAACAAAAUACUUUUAGCCCUUUUAUUCUUCCCCCUCCUUUCUGAAAGAAUAUGUUACUGUUCCUUGGCAGCUCUUUCCCAAACUCUGAUGGAAGAAAUGGUAAGGAAGUGAAAUGCAUUAAUAUAUUUUCUUUCAUUUACUGAACAUUUGUUGAGUAUGCACUCUGUAGAGGAAGACAAGAGAAUCAAAGGAAAAUUCAUAAUAUUCAUAUAACACAAAACUGCUGAAUCUAAACUACCUUGCCUAUUGGAAAAAGAGAAUAUAACACUUCUGGUCUCUAGGAAUCAGUACCCAAAAAUAAUGUCCUAGAGCAUGAAAUUGUAAGUGGGGGUCAUAAAAUUUAGCUUUUACUAUACAUGGAAGUAGAUGGACUAAGCCUUGCGGACUUGGCACCUAGUUUCCUUUGAACUUUUGUAAAGUGCGGAUUUACUAGGAUAAGCAGCAACUACAAUGAAGUAUGACUAAGCAGAAAUCAUUUCAAAUUCAGGGGCCAUAAGUGUUGCUACAUGCUUAGUUCAGUGGUUGUGGGUUAAAAAUAGACACUCUGUUAGAAUGUAAUGUUAAAUGGUGAAACUUUUCUUUAUUGUCUGAAAUAUAACUGUCUUAUUUAAAAGCUUCAGGUAAAAACUCACUUUAUUAUAGGAAGACAGAGCAUUUUAUAACAGUACAGUCAGAAUUUUCUCAUCACCUAGGUGAUUUUAAUUUAUCCUAGGCACAUAAUAAUAAUGCAGAUCAAAACAACCUUAAGAAAAACAGCCACAUCUUCCAUUAUCCCCUUCCCCUUCAUCCUUGUAUCCUCAAAGUGUACAAAAUAAAGGUAGAAAAGAGACCGUAAUCUCAUAGUCUUACAAUUUUGCAUUUCUCUCAAAUUUAAGUCAGUAAUAGCUUCAAAUGUGGUAAAGUGAGAGGGUUCUAUACAGUUAAGGAUUAAGCUGAAUGACGGAUCUAAAAAAAAAUAGAAAAGGUUUAACAAUGUUUAAAAUGAAUCUACAUAGUCCAUAAAAGAUACAGUUAAAAAUGCUUAAUAUUUAAGCUUUAUUCUUAUGAAACAACUAAGUUAAAAUACUGACUUGUAAUGGUUUUCUCUAUCUGAACCUUGACCACAACGGACUCCCAUUCUUUUUAGAUAUUCUAUCAUCAAAGUGAAAAAAUGUACUUUCAGUGGCACAGCAGUAAACUUCUGGAGACUUUAUCACUGAAAGACCCAUUUUUAAGCAUGAUCUUACUAAGAAUUUAAAAAAGUUAAUGCUCAUAUUUCCAAAUCAACAGUCAUAUGGGUAAGUUUGCUUUUUGGUUUUGGAGUAGAGGUAGGGACUUAACCCAAAAUCCAUUAUUUCCAGGGCAGACUACUGCAUUACACAAGUCA